GAGUUUAUUACUGAGAAACAAGCGCGCGUGAGAGCAGCAGCAGCAGCAGCGCAGGAUGAGGGCUGGAGUGUGUCUCAACACUUAGUGCAGACAUACAUCAGAGUUUCUGUUAAAAGACCCCAGCUUUCUCUUACAACACUAAGUUAUUCUGAACAGCAGCGACGAUGAACGAUAUUAAAGUUGCUGUUCUUGGAGGAGAAGGAGUCGGAAAAUCAGCUCUCAUCGUGAGAUUCCUAACCAGGAGGUUUAUUGGGGAGUACGCCUCAUCAUCAGAGUGCAUAUACAGAAAACGCAUGUCCGUUGAUGGAAGGCAGCUGAAUCUGGAACUUUACGACCCAUGUUCCCAGCCUUGUGAGGGAAAGUCCACUCUGAAUGAGCAGAUCCACUGGGCUGAUGGCUUUGUGGUGGUGUACGACAUCAGUGACCGCUCCUCUUUCAUCACAGCUACAGCUAUUGUACAUCUAAUCCGAGAGCUCAACCUGGGAGCUGCCAAAAGGGACUCUGAGUCAGUGGUGUUCUUGGUGGGCAAUAAACAAGACCUGUGCCACAUGCGUGAGGUGGGCAAGGAGGAGGGUCAGAGGCUGGCGACUGACGGGCACUGCCAGUUCUACGAGCUCUCCGCGGCUGAGUGCUACCAGGAGGUUGCGCUCGUGUUUACAAAGUUGGUGCGCAACGCCAGCCUGAGCGGAAAAGCCAAAGAGCGCAGGCGCAGACCCAGCGGCUCCAAGUCCAUGGCCAAACUCAUUAACAAUGUGUUCGGCAAGCGGCGGAAAUCGGUGUGAGCAGGAGCAAGAGGAAGGAGAGCCAUGCAUGGACACUUCCAGUGCUGUGAUCAUGAGGGAUGCACCGAGCUUCUUACUGGAGUGCAAAGAAGUUCAAAGAUCAACCUGGUUAUUUCUGCCUACUGCAUGCACUUAUCUUUAAAAUGUCACGUCCAAGUGAUUGCAGUCGUGGGUUUUGGGGUGACCAUUUGUGGUUGACAUUUUCUGCUGUUUGCCAUAAAUGUCCAAACUGUGGACACUCUAGAUGUUUCUGUGCUGGACAUUACAUAAAACUGGCAAAUAUCAUAUGCUACAUUUUAUGUACGAGUAUGAGCAGAGAUUUAAGCUCAAAUAAGUUGUGACCUUAGUAUUAUAAGGUGCUGAUUUAAAAUAUAAGACUAUGUUUUUACCAAAAUAGAAUUUAAAUUUUUUAAGACAUUCUAGUGUAAGAACAGUAUAUGGUACAAAAAUAGACAUUUACAUUUCAGUGACACCUACACUUUGGUGUAUAAUACUGCCUGUUUUAGGAUUUGAGAUUAUAGGUACAAAUAAGUCCUUAUUCAUUCUUUUAUUUUCAAUACCGGCUUCUUCAUGAUCAGGAGGAAACCAGGAUACACUGGGUAUGAGAAGGUGUAUACCCCUUGAAUGGAUUGCAGGGCACUAUACAGUACCCACUCACACACAAUCGCACAAGUGAUCACAUUUAGGAAGAUUUUACUGUAAUUGAGCCACCGGUCAUUUCCAGGGUUUUUGGAGUUGGGAGGAAACUCGCGAACCCCGAGGAAACCCACAUGGUCACACAAACACAGAACCCUCAAGAGCUCAAGAUCAAAUCAGAGACACUGAAAGUGCACUUUAACCAGAACCCUGGCUGGCUGUGUUUGUACAUCCUGGGUGAUGAACGUCUGGCAGAUAGAACGCUAUACAGGAACACAUGGGGGAGAAUAAAGUAAUAAAGUAGUUCAAUAUUUAUGUGGUUCACUCAUUUACCACCAGAAGCUUAUAAUACUGAGGUCACAUUAUAUUAAAAGAAAAUGCUCUUUCUAUUAAAAAAAAAAUGCUACCUGAAUGUUUGUAGUAUUUUAUAGUGUAACAUCAGAAAUGAUGGACACCUGGUACGUUUCUGUCGUGUCAUGUCUUGACAAAUCAUUAAAAAAAGCUGAUUAUGUUCUGUAGAAUGUAAACUUUUCACAGUGCCUUUCUGUAAACUUCUCUGUACGGUUUAAACGCUGUCCCCUUGAACAGAAUAAAGUGAAGCAGCUUUUA